AUGACUUCACGAGCUUCUUCCCCUCCUUUGGAAUAUACCCCACUUGAAGAAUUAUAUGCAUUCUUAGAAACAAACCCAGAGUUGGAGCCUAUUUUAUCAGAGAUUCAAGCUCUCGAGUCCAUAUACCUUCCCGAGAAUAUACGCGUGUGGCCUAUAUCGCUUUCCCAUCCUAGCUCCGCAUAUGCUAAAACUCGAUUUGAAGUAGUUAGCUCGCUUCAAGCACCACACGAAGAUGUGUCCCUCAAUAUCUUAGUUACUCUUCUCCCUUCUUAUCCCACAUCGUCUGCCCCCCAAUUACAGCUCCUUUCCCGUUACAUUGGAGCAUUCGGUGUGGAUCCAGAGCUCUCUGGCUCGGUACUCCGAACCUACUUUUCGAGCUUGACUGGGGGAGCGUGCAACAAUUGGUACCAAGAGCGGCUAAGCGAGAAGACUGCAGGUCAACUUCAACGAGAGAUUGAGAAAGAGAGUCACACCCACGAGACCGCGCCUCGAGCGGAAGAACCCCUCGUAAAGGAGCUGCCCGCACCUGUAGAGCUGCCCGUCGGCGUAGAAUUUACGGUCGCAGAACCAAUCAUCGAUCGGAAGAGCGUUUUUAUUGGGAGAGCGUGCAGAAUUACGCAUCCAAAUCAAGUUCCAGCCAUACUUGCGUAUUUGAUGACGGAUAAACGAAUUACAAGGGCGGCACAUCCAAUUAUCAAUGCUUGGAGGUGCACUGUAGAUGGUAUUCUACACCAGGACAAUGACGAUGACGGCGAAUCUGCUGCCGGCCGGGGAAUUGCGCAUUUACUCCAAAUCAUGGAAGUAGAUCAUGUUCUGGUGGUCGUUACCAGGUUUUUCGGGGGGUCGAUCAGCUUUAAAGAGUCCUGCUACAGCCCGUUUCCGCUUAGCUCCUCCCUCCCUCCGUUUGAACCCAGCAUUGCUUGCAAGGAUGGCCUCGAGUACAACAAACUUCUCUGCCGUGAAAGAUCAGAGUCUGUUAAAUACCAAGCAUUCAUUGCCGGACAAUGGGUAGACGCUAAGGAUGGUGGAAAGAUUAAAGUGACGAAUCCCGCCACCGGCGAGGUAUUGGGUACUGUUCCUGAACUUGGUCUUGAAGACACCAAGAAAGCGAUCGAGGUUGCUGAUGAAGCAUUUAAAACCUGGUCCAAGACCACUGCUAAGGAACGCCACGAUAUCCUCCAGAAGAUGUACAGACUCAUGUUGGAUAAUGCGGAUGACCUAGGCUUGAUCAUUACACUGGAAAACGGAAAGACUCUUGCCGAGGGCAAGGGCGAGAAUGCUUAUAGUGCCUCGUUUGUCGAAUGGUUUGCUGGAGAGGCUGUUCGUACCUAUGGCGAGGUCAUCCCUUCGCCAAUGCUCAACCUUCGGAACGUGGUUGUUAAACAACCUGUUGCUAGGGGGGCUGCGAUCCUUACUCCAUGGAACUUCCCGAGUGCGAUGAUUGGCCGGAAACUAGCACCCGCUCUUGCUGCUGGUUGCACGGUGGUUAUCAAACCUCCUGCGGAAACUCCGUUUUCAGCUCUGGCGCUGGCCGAGAUUGCUCGCCGAGCCGGAGUUCCAGAUGGCGUUAUUAAUGUUGUUACAACUGACAAAAACAUCAAAGAAGUUGGCCAGGAGCUUUGCGAAAGCAAGAUCAUCAAGAAAGUGACAUUUACGGGCUCCACACCUGUCGCCAAGAUACUUUCCAAACAAGCUAGUUCUACUCUGAAAAAGGUUUCUUGGGAAGCUGGCGGAAAUGCGCCAUUUAUCGUUUUCGAUGACGCGGAUAUCGAGAAGGCGGUUGACGGUGCUAUCGCUUGCAAGUUCCGUGGCUCUGGUCAGACUUGUGUCUGCGCAAACAGGAUCUAUGUUCAAUCGUCGGUAUAUGCGGAUUUUGCCGCCCGUCUUGCCGAAAAAGUUGAUGCGUUCAAGCUCGGAAAUGGAAUUGACCCCGCGACUACACAUGGACCUCUGAUUCACUCUCGAGCAAUCGAAAAGGUCGAGGCGCAUGUAAAUGAUGCAGUCUCACGCGGUGCAUCUGUAUUGGUUGGUGGAAAACGGGCUGAAUCAUUGGGCCCCAACUUUUUCGAGCCAACAGUUCUGGCAGAUGUUCCCCCUGAUGCAGCUCUUACUGACGAGGAGACAUUCGGGCCUGUAGCUGCAUUGAUCAAGUUCGAGACCGAGGAUGAAGUAAUCCGCUUGGCAAACAACUCCGACGUCGGUCUCGCAGGGUAUUUCUUCUCUCGCGAUGUAGGACGAGUCUGGCGUGUAGCAGAGGCACUCGAGGUUGGAAUGGUGGGCACCAACACUGGCUUGAUUAGUCAGGCCCAAGUGCCGUUUGGUGGAAUCAAAGAAAGUGGGCUUGGACGUGAGGGAGGCCCGCAUGGUAUUGACGAAUACAUGAAUACCAAGUUGAUUGUGUUUGGUGGUUUGUAA